GUGUGACAAAAGGCACGGGGACAUCACCGCCCGCCCCACAAGGAACGGACUUCGUCCACGGAGCUAAUAUGGUACUACCUACUUAGUUGUACUCAACCUCCGUUGCUCUUACAAGUCCUUCGUCACAGCCCGACUGAAGCUAUUUCAUCUCUCAGUCUUCUCCCUGACUCUCUCUGUGUCAAGAAACCAUCGGGCUGAACUUCUUCAUAGAUGCUAUUGAUUCUCGUCGGGAUGACCAGAGUACAAGCCGGCACCGCCCAGAUUGCGGGGUCACCAAACACACACUGAGUCGCAUCAACAGAUUGCGUGCUCAACGCCCAGGAUAGCAACAUUGCAACCACCAUUGCUAAUCAAAGCCAUUUCUGAUGGUCUCUUUGGUGGCCAUCCCACCAUAAGAUCGGUCUUGUUAGAUAUGAAUGGCGUCAUUUCCCCCCAUUCAGCAACACCCGACUCCUCCAUCCUUUCGUCUCAGGAGGUACUGAACGCCAAUAACAUUGCAAUGUUCCAUGAACCCAACAGUCGGUACCGCAUCGGCUGGUACUACUUGACUAUGUCUUGUUAAAAGUCCGAAAGGCAACGCAAUCGAACCCUUGUCAGUAUGCAAUAUUUGGGACGAUUGCCCCUCAUCGGAUGUACUCCGACAUGGACGGCCUUUUGGAGGGGUAGUCUAUAUAAGCUCACGGACACGACUUCGAGUCUGUAAUCCUGGCCGUGGUAACCUAUCCUUGAUUCGACAUUAAGAAAGGAGAAAAAACAUCAGUGGCAAUACAAUAAUUCACAAUGGCCCCUUCAGCAACCGCGACAGCGACUGUGACCGACCCGGCCAACCUCCCAGUUAACAAUCUCCGCCUGUACGCCGACGGCUCCGGAGACUACAAGGAGCUAUCACCCACAACCUACGACAAGGACGCUGAAGCCAAGGGAGGUGACGGUCAUCAAGGCGCGAAGUACCCUCACUACCUACCGACGUGGAACCCCGAACAACAAUACCCUCCCCUGCAGCCUUUCCAGCAUGUCGAGCACGGCAGAGACGCAGACCCUAGCUAUCCCGAUCUUCUUCCCAAGGACGCACAAGUGACCGACCUCACACCCUCAAUCGGCACAGAAGUCAGAGGCGUUCAGCUCAGCACACUCAGCAACGCUGGCCGUGAUCAACUCGCUCGCUUCGUCGCCGAGCGUAAGGUCGUCGCUUUUCGCGCACAGGACUUCGCCGAUCUUCCUAUCGACAAGGCCCUCGAGUUCGGCGGGUACUUUGGUCGGCACCACAUUCACCCAACUUCAGGAUCCCCUGAGAACUUCCCCGAAGUCCACCUUGUCCACCGUGCCGCAGGCGACAGGUCAGCAGAGAAGUUCUUCGCCACCAGAACCAGCUCUAUCGCGUGGCACUCUGAUGUCUCAUACGAGCAGCAGCCCCCUGGCACAACUUUCCUCUACAUCCUCGACAAGCCUGAGACAGGAGGUGAUACUCUGUUCUGCAAUGCCGCUGAGGCUUACAACAGACUGAGCCCGCUCUUCCAGGAGAGACUUCACGGCCUUCAGGCUGUCCACUCUGGUAUUGAGCAGGUUGCUGCUUCUGUCAAGAAGGGUAGCAUUAAGCGUCGCGAGCCUGUUGCAAACACUCACCCCAUCGUCCGCACACACCCUGUCACCGGCGAGAAGGCUUUGUUCAUCAACCCUCAAUUCACGCGCGAGAUCGUUGGCCUCAAGAAGGAAGAGUCCGAUGCUCUGCUCAAGUUCCUCUACGAACACAUUGCUUGGGGCGCUGACUUCCAUGCCCGCGUGAAGUGGGAGGAGGGCACUGUGGUUGUUUGGGAUAACCGCGUCACCCAACAUUCAGCUCUCAUUGACUGGAACAACGGUUCAAGAAGGCACUUGGCUAGAAUCACACCACAGGCUGAGCGGCCGUAUGAGACGCCCUUCAAGGGUUAGAGCGCUGCAGGGGUGAGGAGUUCUGUGUUGUGUACAUCAAAGACCGAUGCGGUCGGUAGAGGCGAGUAAGCUUCUGAG